AUGAUAGCGGCACCAGAGUUACCGUCGGAGUUCCACUAUCCUCAGUAAGUGGCUACUUCCAUUGUGUGUGUGUGUGUGUGUGUGUCAACCGGCAUGCAGCAGACUGUUUCUAAUGUGUGGGUAUUUUUGCCAGGGAUUCAGACACCCGUUUCUCCUCAGACACAGACUUCUCUGAGGCUCCUGAUGUCAGUAUCAACCCAACCAAAGGAAAGGUACGACCAGGCCUCCUCUUCCUCAAGCUAUACACCACAACAUAUUAUAACCUCUUCCUCAAGCUAUAUACCUCAACAUAAUAUUAUAACCUCUUCCUCAAGCUAUAUACAGUUGAAGUCGGAAGUUUACAUGCACUUAGGUUAGAGUCAUAACUUGUUUUUCAACCACUUCACAAAUGUCUUGUUAACAAAUUAUAGUUUUGGUAAGUCGGUUAGGACACCUACUUUGUGCAUGACACACUUAAUUUUUCCAACAAUUGUUUACAGACAGAUUAUUUCACUUCUAAUUCACUGUAUCACAAUUCCAGUGGGUCAGAAGUUCCACUGUUUCUUUAAACAGCUUGGAAAAUUCAAGAAAAUGAUGUCAUGGCUUUAGAAGCUUCUGAUAGGCUAAUUGACAUCAUUUGAGUCAAUUGGAGGUGUACCUGUGGAUGUAUUUCAAGGCCUACCUUUAUACUCAGUGCCUCUUUGCUUGACAUCAUGGGAAAAUCAAAAGAAAUCAGCCAAGACCUCAGAACAUAAAUUGUAGACCUCCACAGGUCUGGUUCAUCCUUGGGAGCAAUUUCCAAAUGCCUGAAGGUACCACGUUCAUCUGUACAAACAAUAGUAUGCGAGUAUAAACACCAUUGGACCACUCAGCCGUCAUACUGCUCAGGAAGGAGACGCGUUCUGUCUCCUAGAGAUGAAUGUACUUUGGUGCGAAAAGUGCAAAUCAAUCCCAGAACAACAGCAAAGGACCUUGUGAAGAUGCUGGAGGAAACGGGUACAAAAGUAUCUAUAUCCACAGUAAAGCGAGUCCUAUAUCGACAUAACCUGAAAGGCCGCUCAGCAAGGAAGAAUCCACUGCUCAAAGACUGCCAUAAAAAAGCCAGACUACGGUUUAAAACUGAAUAUGGGGACAAAGAUUGUACUUUUUGGAGAAAUGUCCUCCGGUCUGAUGAAACAAAAAUAGAACUGUUUGGCCAUAAUGACCAUCGUUAUGUUUGGAGGAAAGGGGGGGGGGCUUACAACCCGAAUAACACCAUCCCAACCGUGAAGCACGGGGGUGGCAGCAUCAUGCUGUGGGGGUGCUUUGCUGCAGGAGGGACUGGUGCACUUCACAAAAUAGAUGACAUCAUGAGGAAGGAAAAUGAUGUGGAUAUAUUGAAGCAACAUCUCAAGACAUCAGUCAGGAAGUUAAAGCUUGGUCGCAAAUGGGUCUUCCAAAUGGACAAUGACCCCAAGCAUACUUCCAAAGUUGUGGCGAAAUGGCUUAAGGACAACAAAGUCAAUUGGAGUGGCCAUCACAAAGCCCUGACCUCAAUCCUAUAGAAAAUGUGUGGGCAGAACUGAAAAUGUGUGUGUGAACAAGGAGGCCUACAAACCUGACUCAGUUACAUCAGCUCUGUCAGGAGGAAUGGCCAAAAUUCACCCAACUUAUUGUGGGAAGCUUGUGAAAGGCUACCCAAAACAUUUGACCCAAGUUCAACAAUUUAAAGGCAAUGCUACCAAAUACUAAUUGAAAUACUAUGUAAACUUCUGACCCACUGGGAAUGUGAAGAAAUAAAUAAAAGUUGAAAUAAAUCAUUCUCUCUACUAUUAUUCUAACAUUUCACAUUCUUAAAAUAAAGAGGCGAUCCUAACUGACCUAAAACAGGGCAUUUUUACUAUGAUUAAAUGUCAGGAAUUGUGAAAAACUGGGUUUAAAUGUAUUUGGCGAAGGUGCAUGUAAACUUCCGACUUCAACUGUACCUCAACAUAAUAUUAUAACCUCUUCCUCGAGCUAUACACCUCAACAUAAUAUUAUAACCUCGACAUUAUAACCUCUUCCUCGAGCUAUACACCUCGACAUUAUAACCUCUUCCUCAAGCUAUUCAUAGGUUGCAUCUCUGUCACUCGGUCUCGUCAUGCCGUUGUUAUGAACGUUCUCAAGCCGCCCUCUAUUGGCUGUGCCCUAAAAUGGUGAUACGCCCAGUCAUUCUGGAUGGAAGCUAACUACUGUUUAGUCUAAAUUAAACUAUAGUGCCUGGAAAUACGAUGACAUUGGUAAAGUAGUCAAAUAUAUAGUAGGAAAGAACUUUGCCAGCAUUAUCAUGUCAUCAAAUGUAUUUAGAGAGAUGGCAAUUUUGUCAUUAGCUAGCAAAGCUAGUCAAAAAUGGCUAGCAAUGCUAACGUUAGCGAGCUCAAAUCCGUUGGCCUCCACUCAAUGUUAGCUAGCUAGCUAACGUUAUACUACAUCUUUAAAGUAAAUCUGGUGACAUCAAAAGGUUUUCCUACUAAUUAUUUGCCACUUUUUGAAUGUCAUUAUAAACUCAGCAAAAAAAUAAACGUCCCUUUUUCAGGAUCCUGUCUUUCAAAGAUAAUUUGUAAAAAUCCAAGUAACUUCACAGAUCUUCAUUGUGAAGGGUUUAAACACUGUUUCCCAUGCUUGUUCAAUGAACCAUAAGCAAUUAAUGAACAUGCACCUGUGGAACGGUCGUUAAGACACUUAACAGCUUACAGACGGUAGGCAAUUGAGGUCACAGUUAUGAAAACUUAAGACACUAAAGAGGCCUUUCUACUGACUGAAAAACACCAAAAGAAAGAUGCCCAGGGUCCCUGCCCAACUGUGUGAACGUGCCUUAGGCAUGCUGCAAGGAGGCAUGAGGACUGCAGAUGUGGCCAGGGCAAUAAAUUGCAAUGUCCGUACUGUGAGACGCCUAAGACAGCGCUACAGGGAGACAGAACGGACAGCUGAUCGUCCUCGCAGUGGCAGACCACCUGUAACAACACCUGCACAGGAUCGGUACAUCCGAACAUCACACCUGCGGGACAGGUACAAGAUGGAAACAACAACUGCCCGAGUUACACCAGGAACGCACAAUCCCUCCAUCAGUGCUCAGACUGUCCGCAAUAGGUUGAGAGAGGCUGGACUGAGGGCUUGUAGGCCUGUUGUAAGGCAGGUCCUCACCAGACAUCACCGGCAACAACGUCGCCUAUGGGCACAAACCCACCGUCGCUGGACCAGACAGGACUGGCAAAAAGUGCUUUUCACUGACGAGUUGCGGUUUUGUCUCACCAGGGGUGGUGGUCGGAUUCGUCGAAGGAAUGAGCGUUACACCGAGGCCUGUACUCUGGAGCGGGAUCGAUUUGGAGGUGGAGGGUCCGUCAUGGUCUGGGGCAGUGUGUCACAGCAUCAUCCGACUGAGCUUGUUUUCAUUGCAGGCAAUCUCAACGCUGUGCGUUACAGGGAAGACAUCCUCCUCCCUCAUGGAUCGGAGGGUGAGGGCUAGGGCCAUUCCCCCCAGAAAUGUCUGGGAAUAAUAAUAAUAAUAUGCCAUUUAGCGGACGCUUUUAUCCAAAGCGACUUACAGUCAUGCGUGCAUACAGUUUUGGGAACUUGCAGGUGCCUUGGUGGAAGAGUGGGGUAACAUCUCACAGCAAGAACUGGCAAAUCUGGUGCGGUCCAUGAGGAGAUUGCAGCUGGUGGCUACACCAGAUGCUGACUGUUACUUUUGAUUUUGACCCCCCCCCCCCCCCCCCCCCCCUUUUUUUUUUUUUUCAGGGACACAUUAUUCAAUUUCUGUUAGUCACAUGUCUGUGGAACUUGAACGUGAGAGGACGUUUCUUUUUUUUGCUGAGUUUAUUUCCAAGCCACUGUAAUGCACUUUUGAUUAAAUCUUCAUCAGUGGUCUUUGACGAUGCUUUGAGUAGAAUGCUCAGUCGGGCAUCAGUUCAAAACAAACUUUUAAAAAAAAUAUUGUGACAAAACAUGCAACCCAUCAAUACACACCACAACAUAAUAUUCACCUCAUCCUCAAGCUACUGUAUACGCACCAAGCCAUAUUAGUAAACAUGAUGCUGUUUACACCAUUAUUGACUUGUCUCUUUCUCUCCGUCCCAGGGGGGGAAGAAGGGAAAGAAGGGUAAAGGAGGGAAGGGAGCGGGUGGAGCAGGGAGGAUGAACGGCCACUACCAGGAGAAUGGCAUGGAGAACCUGAUGCUGUUCGAGGUCGUCAAGAUGGGCAAAAGUGCCAUGCAGGUCAGUGUGUGUGUGUGUGUGUGUGUGUGUGUGUGUGUGUGUGUGUGUGUGUGUAUACACUGCAUGAUCAAAAGUAUGUGGACACCUGCUCGUCGAACAUCUCAUUCCAAAAUCAUGGGCAUUAAUAUGGAGUUUGUCCCCCCCUUUGCUGCUAUAACAGCCUCCACUCUUCUGGGAAGGCUUUCCACUAGAUGUUGGAACAUUGCUGCGUGGACUUGCUUCCAUUCAGCCACGAGCAUUAGUGAGGUCGGGCACUAUUGUUGGGCGAUUAGGCCUGGCUCGCAAUUCGGCAUUCCAAUGGCGGAAUGUUUUACACCACUCCAGCCGACACUUGACAUUGCGCAUGGUGAUCUUAGUCUUGUGUGUGGCUGCUCGGCCAUGGAAACCCAUUUCAUGAAGGUCCCGACAAACAGUUAUUGUGCUGAUGUUGCUUCCAGAGGCAGUUUGGAACUCUAGUGAGUGUAGCAACCAAAGACAGACGAUUUUUAUGUGCUUCAGCACUCGGCGGUCCCAUUCUGUGAGCUUGUGUGGCCUACCACUGUUUCUCCAAGACGUUUCCUCUUCACAAUAACAGCACUUACAGUUGACUGGGGCAGCUCUAGCACUUUCAUGUUGGAUAGGGUGGCAUCUUAUGAUGGAGCCACAUUGAAAGUCACUGAGCUCUUCAGUAAGGCCAUUCUACUGCCAAUGUUGGCUAUGGAGAUUGCUUGGCGGUGUGCUCAAUUUUAUACACCUGUCAGCAACAGGCGUGGCUGAAAUAGCCGAAUCCACUAAUUUGAAGGGGUGUCCACAUACCUUUGUGUGUGUGUAUAUAUAGUGUAUGUAACAUUUCCAGUGUGUGAAACACUUUGUUUAUAUGUGAGCCUACACACAGAAGUGGCUUGGGCAUUUAACAGGCCAAUAGUUUAUUCGAUUAUCAACCAUUCUAAUGACCAGAACAACUUUAUUACAGUUAAACCACAGUGACUGUGUUUUAGUUCUAUUUAUUGUCUAACUCUGUUGCUUUUGUUUGUCCUGGCUUCAGUCUGUGGUGGAUGACUGGAUUGAGGCGUAUAAAAACGACAGGGACAUGGCUCUGCUAGACCUGAUCAACUUCUUCAUCCAGUGUUCUGGCUGUAAAGGAGUGGUCAGUGGAGAGAUGUUCCGGAACAUGCAGAACUCUGAGAUCAUCAGGAGGAUGACAGAGGAGUUUGACGAGGUAGGUUUUGUGUGUGUGUGCGCAUCAUUCUGAAAUGUACCAGUUGAUUGAUUCAGUUUUAGAUGUCAUUACCCUCUCUUUGAGUUGCAUGCAAUAUAGUGAACCCAUAACUCCCAUAAACGUUAUUUCUCUCUCUCUCUCUCCACCCUCCUCCUUCCCCUCUGUAGGACAGUGGUGACUAUCCUCUGACCAUGGCAGGUCCACUGUGGAAGAAGUUUAAGGGUAGUUUCUGUGAGUUCAUUGCUGUGUUGGUGAGACAGUGUCAGUACAGCAUAAUCUAUGAUGAGUACCUCAUGGACACGGUCAUAUCCCUCCUCACCGGACUGUCCGACUCACAGGUCCGAGCCUUCCGGCACACCAGCACACUGGCAGGUGAGAGAGAGCGAGAGAGAGUGGGUGAGGGGAUUUGUCUGUCUGUGUCAGUCGGUUAUUUCCCUCUUCCCUGGGCACACAGGUACACUGAUUAACUGUGUGUUUGUGUAGCCAUGAAACUGAUGACAGCCCUGGUGAAUGUAGCUCUGAACCUGAGCAUCAACAUGGACAACACCCAGCGGCAAUACGAGACGGAGAGAAACAAGAUGGUCGCCAAGAGAGCCAACGACCGGCUGGAGCUACUGCUGCAGAAACGCAAAGAGGUGAGAGGUCAGGGUUAGGCUCCUCCUGGGUUAGGGGUCGGUGUUGGGGAACUGGGUAAGGCUUCUUGGGCCCUUGGUUUAAGGUUUGGCUCACAUUUUCCUUAGGGUUGACUGCUCUCGCUGCUUCUCAGAAUCUGCUUUAUAAAACACACUCUGCACAGACACGUUACCCAGGUGCAGGAGCCUCAUGAGAGUUUUCCAGUCAGAAGAUGAGGAUGCUUGAAGACAUGCCGGAGGAGCAUGACCAGUCAGAGAGAGUAAAGGCUUGGUCUACUACUAGCUGCUAGGCCCUGUGGUUGAGCUGGCAUCAAUGGCUGUGUCCUGGCUUACAGAACACUGUCCCACUGGGCUUCCAUCUGCCAGCUCCUACUACUAAUACAACCACACCAGAACAACAUUACACUGUGUAAUUAUACACCUCGAUGCCUUCAUAACUAUACUAGCUAUCUCUUCUGUAAGGUUUGGUUGUCCUGAUUUUCUUGGUGAAUAAUCAAGUCCAGCCUGAUGAACCCCUGAUCAAAAUGUUUUCUUACUGAUUUCUUGUUCUAAUUUCAGCUUCAAGAAAAUCAGGACGAAAUUGAAAACAUGAUGAAUGCUAUAUUCAAGGGUGUGUUUGUACACCGAUAUCGGUAUGUGGCCUGUACAUUGUUUCCAUCAUAGUUAAUGAUCAUAGAUAGAUAGGAUGUAUUUAAUUUGAGAUAUGUUAUCCCUUUGUAUGGAGAAUAUGAUUACGGUUGUGUGUUGUAUUGCAGUGAUGCCAUAGCAGAGAUCAGAGCUAUCACUAUAGAGGAGAUUGGAAUGUGGAUGAAGCUGUACAGUGACGCCUUCCUCAACGACAGCUACCUGAAAUACGUAGGCUGGACCAUGCACGACAAGGUGAGGGAGAGAGUGUUCCUUCGUUGUCAGCAAGGUGUUGUGUUUGAGUUAGAAGUGUGUGUAAUUCCAACGUGUGUGUGUGUGUGUGUUUUUAGCAAGGCGAGGUGCGUCUGAAGUGUCUGACAGCGCUGCAGGGUCUCUACUACAACAGAGAACUGAACACCAGACUGGAACUGUUCACCAGCCGCUUCAAGGUCAGAGCGCCACCUGGUGGACACAUCAAUACACUACUAGUUACCUCGAGGCUCAACUUUCAUAUAUACCAUUUAGCAGACUAUUUUAUCCAAAGCGACUUACAGUAGUGCGUUCGUGCAUUUUCAUAUGGGCGGCCCCAGCGGUUUUGACUAGAGGUAUUUCCUGGCUAAACCACUAUUAUGCCCUGUUGAUUUUGAGUAGAGGUAUUUCAGCUAAAUCAGAAAUCUUUAUCAUUCAUUUUGUCUCUACACAGGAUCGCAUUGUCUCCAUGACUUUGGACAAGGAGUAUGAUGUCGCAGUACAAGCAAUAAAAUUGCUCACUCUGGUACUACAGUAAGUUGCUUCAGUUCAGCUAUCAGUGUUUAAUUUGUGUGUGUUUAAUGUAUGUGUUUAAUGUGUACUGUGUGUGUGUGUAUUACAGUAGUACAGAUGAAGUACUGAGCCCGGAGGACUGUGAAAGCGUCUAUCACCUGGUCUACUCCGCACACCGACCGGUCGCCAUAGCAGCCGGGGAGUUCCUCUUCAAGAAGUAGGAUUCGUUUAUUUUAUUUGUAUUUAAUCCAUUGUCACACCUAUCUCAAUUCUUUCUUUUCUCUUUUCAGUCCUAUCAAAUCACUCUUGGAAAAGAGAUGUCAAAUGUGAUGCUAAAAAGCCCAUGUCUGGUUCCUUCCCUUGAACAGCGAGAGCUAGAGAGGGAGCAGUGCUGUAGAGGUUCGGAUAAGAGAAGGAGACAGAGCAAGCAGGAAGAGAAAGGGAGUGUGAGAAGGUGCAGAGAGUACAGGCACGUGAAAUUGAGGAAGCAGAAGGAAUGAGAGAGAGGUUGGCAGAUCUGGGAUCUGGUUUUCUGCCAUAGACAUAUUCCUAGUCUGUUUUAUUUAGGCUGGACUAGUGUCUAGAAGAGAGGUUUAUAUACACUACAUGAUCAAAAGUAUGUGGACACCUGCUCGUCAAACAUCUCCUUCCAAAAUCAUGGGCAUUGAUAUGCAGUUGGUCCCCCCUUUGCUGCAAUAACAGCCUCCACUCUUCUGGGAAGGCUUUCCACUAGAUGUUGGAGCAUUGCUGCGGGGACUUGCUUCCAUUCAGCCACAUUAGUGAGGUCGGGCACCGAUGUUGGGCGAUUAGGCCUGGCUCGCAGUCGGCGUUCCAAUUCAUCCCAAACGUGUUCGAUUGGGUUGAGGUCAGGGCUCUGAGCAGGCCGGUCAAGUUCUUCCACACCGAUCUCGACAAACCAUUUCUGUAUGGACCUUGCUUUGUGCACGGGGGCAUUGUCAUGCUGAAACAGGAAAGGGCAUUCUCCAAACUGUUGCCACAAAGUUGGAAGCACAGUAUCGUCUAGAAUGUCAUUGUAUGCUGUAGCGUUAAGAUUUCCCUUCACUGGAACUAAGGGGCCUAGCCCGAACCAUGAAAAACAGCCCCAGACCAUUAUUCCUCCUCCACCAAACUUUACAGUUGGCACUAUGCAUUGGGGCAGGUAGCGUUCUCAUGGCAUUCGCCAAACCCAGAUUUGUUCGUCGGACUGCCAGAUGGUGAAGUGUGAUUCAUCACUCCAGAGAACGCGUUUCCACAGCUCCAGUGUCCAAUGGCGGUGAGCUUUACACCACUCCAGCGGAAGCUUUGGUAUUUGAUAUUUUACUAGGAUCCAAAAGCAGCAGCUACUCUUCCUCGGGUCCACACAAAACAUGAAACAUGACAUAAUACAGAACAAUAAUAGACAAGAACAGCUCAAGGACAGAACUACGUAGCCUACAUAUCAAUACAUACACACAAUAUCUAGGUCCAAUAGGGGAGAGGCGUUGUGCUGUGAGGUGUUGCUUUAUCUGUUUUUUUUUAAACCAGGUUUGCUGUUAACUUGAGCAAUAUGAUAUGGAAGGGAGUUACAUGCAAAAAUGGCUCUUUAUAAUACUGUACGCUUUCUUGAAUUUGUUCUGGAUUUGGGGACUGUGAAAAGACCCCUGGUGGCAUGUCUGGUGGGGUAAGUGUGUGUGUCAGAGCUGUGUGUAAGUUGACUGCAAACAAUUUGGGAUUUUCCACGCAUUAAUGUUUCUUAUAAAAAGUAGUGAUGCAGUCAGUCUCUCCUCAACUCUUAGCCAAGAGAGACUGGCAUGCAUAGUAUUUAUAUCAGCCCUCUGAUUACAAUGAAGAGCGAGACGUGCCGCUCUGUUCUGGACCAGCUGCAGCUUAACUAGGCCUUUCCUUGCAGCACUCGACCGGACAAUAAUCAAGAUAAGACAAAACUAGAACCUGCAGGACUUGCUUUAUGGAGUGUUGUGUCAAAAAAGCAGAGCAUCUCUUUAUUACGGACAGACCUCUCCCCAUCUUUACAACCAUGUAUAUGCUUAGCGUUGCGCAUGUUGAUCUUAGGCUUGUGUGAAGCUGCUCGGCCAUGGAAACCCAUUUCAUGAAGCUCCCAACUAACAGUUCUUGUGCUGACGUUGCUUUUCAGAGGCAGUUUGGAACUCAGUAGUGAGUGUUGCAACCGAGGACAGACUAUUUUUGCGCGCUACGCGCUUGAGUACUCAGCAGUCCCUUUCUGUGAGCUUGUGUGGCCUACCACCGUAGCUGAGCCGUUGUUGCUCCUAGACGUUUCCACUUCACAAUAACAGCACCUACAGUUGACCGGGGCAGAAAUUUGACGAACUGACUUGUUGGAAAGGUGACAUCCUAUGACGGUGCCACGUUGAAAGUCACUGAGCUAUUCAUUAAGGCCAUUCUACUGCCCAUGUUUGAUAUGGAGAUUGCAUGGCUGUGUGCUCGAUUUUAAUACAACGGGUGUGGCUGAAAUGGCUGAAUCAACUAAUUUGAAGGGGUGUCCACAUACUUCUGUAUAUAUAGUGUAAUUUGAUAUCGUUUUCUAUAUCUAAUACUAGUGACUCUUCUCUCCUCUUCAGACUGUUCAGUACGCGGGAGCCGGAAGAGGAGGGCGCCCCCAAGAGGAGAGGAAGACAAAGCCCCAACGCCAACCUCCUCAAAACGACUGUUUUCUUCUUCCUGGAGAGCGAGGUACACGCACACACACACCGCUACACACACACACUGUCUCUGACCCUGUCUCUACCUCUAUGAACAUGCUGCAUACUUACAAGACUCACUGGGAGAAAUACUCCCACCCACACCCUGCCUCUGCCUGUGUGUAUCUCAGCUCCAUGAGCAUGCAGCGUACCUGGUGGACUCUCUGUGGGAGAGUGGGGCAGACCUGCUGAAGGACUGGGAGUGUAUGACCAGCCUGCUACUGGAUGAUCCCGUACCAGGGGAGGAAGGUAUGAUCUCUGACCUCUAUACUUGACUUCUGACCGAUAUCCGCUAUUCCUGGCCUCUAAUGUGUGUGUGUGUGUGUUUUUUAUAGCCCUGACAGACAGACAGGAGACAGCUCUCAUAGAGAUAAUGCUGUGUACGGUACGCCAGGCUGCAGAGUGCCACCCACCCAUAGGCCGCGGCACUGGGAAGAGGGUAAGACUCUUUAGACUGGUCAGAGAAACGGCAACUCUCUCUCUCUCUCAAUUCAAUGGGCUAUAUUGGCAUGGGAAACACAUGUUUUACAUUGCCAAAGCAAGUGAAAUAGAUAAUAAACAAAAGUGAAAUGGACAGUAAACAUUACACUCACAAAAGUUCCAAAAGAAUAGACAUUUCAAAUGUCAUGGCUAUGUACAGUGUUGUAACUGUGCAAAUAGUGAAAGUACAAAAGGGAAAUAAAUAAACAUAUAUGGGUUGUAUUUACAACGGUGUUUGUCCCCCCCGCCAGGUGAUGACAGCAAAGGAGAAGAAGACCCAACUAGAUGACAGGACCAGGAUGACAGAGCUGUUUGCUGUGGCAUUACCCCCUCUGCUGGCCAAGGUAGGACACUACAACUUCACCCUCUCUAAUUAACAUUUAAGUCAUUUAAUAAUAAAUAAUAAUAUGCCAUUUAGCAGACGCUUUUAUCCAAAGCGACUUACAGUCAUGCGUGCAUACAUUUUUGUGUAUGGGUGGUCCCGGGGAUCGAACCCACUACCUUGGCGUUACAAGCGCCGUGCUCUACCAGCUGAGCUACAGGGGACCACACAUUUAGCAGACACUCUUAUCUAGAGCUACUUACAAAUUAACCUGUGUAGUCUGUUUCCCCUGCCUGCAGUACUGUGUGUGAGUGCUGUCUCUCUGUUUGUUUCAGUACUCCAUAGAUACAGAGAAGGUGACCAACCUGCUGCAGCUUCCUCAGUUCUUUGACCUGGAUAUCUACACCACAGGACGACUGGAGAAGGUCUAACCCCAACCCUAUACUAUAGUCUAAUUCAAACUCUAACCCCAACCCUACACUAUAGUCUAAUUCAAACUCUAACCCCAACCCUACACUAUAGUCUAAUUCAAACUCUAACCCCAACCCUAUACUAUAGUCUAAUUCAAACUCUAACCCCAACCCUAUACUAUAGUCUAAUUCAAACUCUAACCCUAUACUAUAGUCUAAUUCAAACUCUAACCCCAACCCUAUACUAUAGUCUAAUUCAAACUCUAACCCCAACCCUACACUAUAGUCUAAUUCAAACUCUAACCCCAACCCUACACUAUAGUAUAAUUCAAACUCUAACCCCAACCCUAUACUAUAGUCUAAUUCAAACUCUAACCCCAACCCUACACUAUAGUCUAAUUCAAACUCUAACCCCAACCCUACACUAUAGUCUAAUUCAAACUCUAACCCCAACCCUACACUAUAGUCUAAUUCAAACUCUAACCCCAACCCUAUACUAUAGUCUAAUUCAAACUCUAACCCCAACCCUACACUAACCUGAUUCAAAGCACUGUUCAGCACAAUGACAGCACAAAAGUUGUGAAAUAUCAAAUGCAUAACACUGCAAGACGUCUCUGAAACAUAUUUCCCAACUCCCGCCCUCUCUUCUUCUAGCACUUGGAGGCGUUGCUGCGUCAGAUCAGGGAGAUCGUGGACAAGCACACCGACACAGAGGUGUUGGAGAUGUGCUCCAAGACCUACCACGCUCUCAGCAACGAGGAGUUCACCAUCUUUAACAGGGUGGACAUCGCCAGGUCACAGCUGCUGGACGAAAUGGUGGAUAAAUUCAACAGACUCCUGGAAGACUUCUUACAAGAGGUGAGAGGGGGAGGAGGAUGGAGGGGGAGUGAUGAGUAAGGAGGGACGGGAGAAUGAACUGGUGGACAUUCAACAGACUGUUAAAGGACUUCCUAUAAUGGGGAGAGGAGGAGAGAGCUCAGAGGGAGAGAAAGCUGUUUUGACCAGUGAGGGAGUUUCUACUACCAGUCUAUUCCUUUUACAUCAAUUAGGGGGAGUGGGCCAGUUUGUGUAGUUGAUACUGACACUGAUCUCUGUGUUCAGGGUGAAGAGCCUGAUGAAGAUGAUGCCUACCAGGUGCUGUCUACUCUCAAGAGAAUCGCAGCCUUCCACAAGUAAAGAACCUUCCUCUCCUUUCUUCCCUCUUCUUCCCUGUUCCUCUUCUCUCCUCUCCAACCCCCCUCCUCUCUCUCCUCUCCAACCCCCCCCCCCCCCCCCCCCCUCCUCUCUCUCCUCUCCAACCCCCCUCCCCUCUCUCCUCUCCAACCCCUCUCUCCUCUCUAACCCCCCUCUCCUGUUCCCCCUCUCCUUUCUCCUCCACCAUCUCUUUCCCCCCUCUCUCUCUCUCCCUCUCUCUCUUGGACUGGCUCCUGAGGUUUUUAACUCUCUCCCCCAGUGCCCAUGACCUGUCCCAGUGGGAUCUGUUCAGCAGUAACUUCAAGCUGCUCAACACAGGCAUUGAGAACGGAGACAUGCCAGAGCAGAUAGUGGUCCAUGCUCUACAGUGUACCCACUAUGUCAUCCUUUGGCACCUAGCAAAGGUCUCAGAGGUCAGCCACAGAAAGGUAUGUAACACUCCCCUCUCACCUGGCUGGCAGCUCAGAGCCUUUUCAUUCAGUUGGGUAUUAUUUGGUAGCUAGGAAAAUAGCAUUGGGGAGGCAGUUGGGAGUUAGUCAAGGUUUAUACAGCAAGUAUUUUGAUGGUUCACUCAUGUGUAUGUAAUCUAGGAGGAUGUGUUUUGAUCACGUAAUAUUGUUUUGUAGGAGGACAUGGUGAGCCUGAGGAAACAGAUGAGGAUGUUCUGUCUGAUGUGUCAACGUUACCUCACCAACGUCAACACAACCGUCAAGGAACAGGUACUGUCCUGUAGCAGCUAUUUACAUCCUAGUGAUUUAAAUCAGGUUAUUUUCAUGAAAUUCUCAGAAUCCCCAUGCAACCCCAUUGAGAUGAGGAAGACGUGGCCAAGGAGGCAGAAUACUGAUAACCAACUGUCCGUCUCCCCCCCCCCCCUCCCCAGGCGUUCACCAUCCUGUGUGAUGUGUUGCUAGUCUUCAGUCAUCAGAUGGUAUCAGGAGGCAGAGAGCAGCUGGAACCUCUGGUCUACAGUCCUGACGACUCUCUACAGACAGAACUACUGUCCUUCAUACUGCACCAUGUCUUCAUAGACCAGGACGAUGACAGCGGCAGCACUGGUACACGCACUGCUACACGCACUGCUACACACACUGCUACACACACCUUUCCAGUAGGAUUGCUUAUUUGCCCUUGAAAAUAGCUCGUUUGGCCAUAGCUAACCAACAAGACCCUGCUAAAGGAAUUACACUACUGUCUGGCCCUGUGACUGUCUGUGAUGUUAUGUGUACCUGUCUAUGUGCUAUGUGUACCUGUCUAUGUGUGCCUGUCUAUGUGUACCUGUCUAUGUGUACAUUUACAUUUGAGUCAUUUAGCAGACACUCUUAUCCAGAGCCACUUACAGUUAGUGAGUGCAUACAUUUUUCAUACUGGCCCCCCGUGGGAAUCCAGCCCACAACUCUGGCGUUGCAAGCGCCAUGCUCUACCAACUGAGCUACAGGAGGCCCUGUAUGUGUACCUGUCUGUGCUAUAUGUACGUGUCUGUGUACCUCGCCAUGUGUACCUGUCUAUGGACUAUGUGUACCUCGCUAUGUGUACCUGUCUAUGGGCUAUGUGUACCUGUCUGUGUACCUCGCUAUGUGUACCUGUCUAUGGGCUAUGUGUACCUGUCUGUGUACCUCGCUAUGUGUACCUGUCUAUGGGCUAUGUGCACCUGUCUGCUAUGUGUACCUCUAUGUGUACCUGUCUGUGCUAUGUGUACCUGUCUGUGCUAUAUGUACCUGUCUGUGCUAUGUGUACCUGUCUAUGGGCUAUGUGCACCUGUCUGUGCUAUGUGUACCUGUCUGUGCUAUGUGUACCUGUCUGUGCUAUGUGUACCUGUCUGUGCUAUGUGUACCUGUCUAUGUGCUAUGUGUACCUGUCUAUGUGUACCGGUCUGUGGUAUGUGUACCUGGUUCUACCUUUUGAAAUGGUCAGCAAGAUAGAAGCUCUCCGUAAGAGCUCUGUGACUGUCUGUAACUAUUUAUCUGUUAUGUUGUAUCUCUACAGAUGGCCAGCAGGAUGACGAGGCAGCGAAGAUAGAAGCUCUUCAUAAGAGCUCUGUGACUGUCUGUGUAACUAUUUAUCUGUUAUGUUGUAUCUCUACAGAUGGCCAGCAGGAUGACGAGGCAGCGAAGAUAGAAGCUCUUCAUAAGAGACGUAACCUCCUGGCGGCCUACUGUAAACUCAUCAUCUAUAACGUAGUAGAGAUGAACACUGGCGCUGACAUCUUUAAACAGUACAUGAGGGUAAGAAUGGCCUCCUACCUUUAAAUACCUGUCUGUUACUGACAUCUUUAAACAGUACAUGAGGGUAAGAAUGGCCUCCUACCUUUAAAUACCUGUCUGUUACUGACAUCUUUAAACAGUACAUGAGGGUAAGAAUGGCCUCCUACCUUUAAAUACCUGUCUGUUACUGACAUCUUUAAACAGUACAUGAGGGUAAGAAUGGCCUCCUACCUUUAAAUACCUGUCUGUUACUGACAUCUUUAAACAGUACAUGAGGGUAAGAAUGGCCUCCUACCUUUAAAUACCUGUCUGUUACUGACAUCUUUAAACAGUACAUGAGGGUAAGAAUGGCCUCCUACCUUUAAAUACCUGUCUGUUACUGACAUCUUUAAACAGUACAUGAGGGUAAGAAUGGCCUCCUACCUUUAAAUACCUGUCUGUUACUGACAUCUUUAAACAGUACAUGAGGGUAAGAAUGGCCUCCUACCUUUAAAUACCUGUCUGUUACUGACAUCUUUAAACAGUACAUGAGGGUAAGAAUGGCCUCCUACCUUUAAAUACCUGUCUGUUACUGACAUCUUUAAACAGUACAUGAGGGUAAGAAUGGAGAAACACUCACCUGUCUGUCUUUACCCAGUUAUGACCAUAGAAAUAUAAUCUAUAGAAAGGACUUGGAACCUCGAACCCUGGCAAUUUGACUGAUGGGUACUCAUGGGUACACUCGCAAUGGUUGUCAGUCCACACAUUAUCCCAUCGUUGACUUGAACGGGUAGGCCCGUUCUAUAGAUUCUAUUUCUAUGGUUAUUACCUCUUCUUGCCUAUGACACUCAUUUAACCUCCACACCAGAUCAUUACCAGAGUCAUUCCCAUGUACUGCUUGGUUGCAAAUGAUCAGAAGUCCUGUUUUGUCUCCUGUAAGAGACUGACUUGUGGCUGAACAGUCUUCCUCUCUCUUUCUAGUAUUAUAAUGACUAUGGUGACAUCAUCAAGGAGACCAUGUCUAAGACCAGACAGAUAGACAAGAUCCAAUGUGCCAAGACCCUCAUCCUCAGUCUACAACAGGUGGGUUACACACACACACACACACACACACACACACACACACACACACACACACACACACAACCCUCAUCCUCAGUCUACAACAGGUGGGUUACACCCACACACACACACACACAACCCUCAUCCUCAGUCUACAACAGGUGGGUUACACACACACACACACACAACCCUCAUCCUCAGUCUACAACAGGUGGGUUACACACACACACACACACACACACACCCCUCAUCCUCAGUCUACAACAGGUGGGUUACACCCACACACUCACUGUUGUUUUAGUCAAGCUAGGUCUUGGUUGUAGCUUUAUUCCAGAUCUCCAGACCGCAGGCCAGACUUUUUGGAAUAAAAUCAGAUUAAAAGAACCAUCUCUUUAUUCACCCAUCCCUCCCUUCCUCUCUCUUCCUCUUCCUCUCUCUUCCUCUCUCCUGCAGUUGUUCAAUGAGAUGUUGUCAGAGUUGGGGACAGGUUUUGACCGCUCGUCCUCAGCGUUCUGUGGGAUCAAGGAGUUGGCCAGACGUUUCUCUCUCACCUUUGGUCUGGACCAGGUCAAAACACGAGAUGCUAUCGCCAUGCUGCACAAGUCAGUGUCCUCUUCUGAUCUCUCUUUCUCUUGAUAGCUUUAUUGUACACAAGACUUAAAUAACCAGCAGAUAAGAAAUACUCCAGCUUUUUAAUAUGAUUAAAACUAUUGAACAUGAUUAGCAUAUGAUGGAUGUGAGCUGUACAUAGGACUAGUUAAUAAUAAUAAUAAUAAUAAUAUGCCAUUUAGCAGACGCUUUUAUCCAAAGCGACUUACAGUCAUGCGUGCAUACAUUUUUGUGUAUGGGUGGUCCCGGGGAUCGAACCCACUACCUUGGCGUUACAAGCGCCGUGCUCUACCAGCUGAGCUACAGAGGACCACAUUAAUGUGUGUAUCUACAUGUGCUGCUAGAUACCUCCCAUUUUUCUGAACAAAAAUUGUCUCUCUCUCCCUCUCUCCUCUCUCCCACCCCUCUACCCUCUCACCCUCUCCCACCCCUCUCUCCCUCUUGUCUCACUCCAGGGAUGGUAUAGAGUUUGCGUUUAAGGAGCCCAGUCCCCAGGGAGAGGGCAACCCUCCUCUUCACCUGGCCUUCCUAGACAUCCUCUCUGAGUUUUCCUCCAAACUAAUGAGGCAGGACAAGAGGACUGUGUAAGUACACCUGCCUCUCCUAAUCAGACACAUGUACCUGUGUGUGAUAACUGAUGUCUGGAAGUGAUGACUAGUAUGAUAUGUCAUUUGUAUGAUGUCAUGAAGCAAGACAAGAGCACUGUCUCCCCUCCCAGACACAUGACCUUAAGGACCUCCCAGAUGACUUUAUGUUAGUAGUGUGUGUGUGUACAUGCCUGUAAGGUGUGUGUAUACUGAACAAAAAUAAAAUGCAACAAUUCCAACAAUUUUACUGAGUAACAGUUCAUGUAAGGAAAUCAGUCAAUUGAAAUAAUUUAAUUAGGCCUAAUCUAUGGAUUUCACAUGACUGGGCAUAGGCCCACCCACUGAGGAGCCAAACCCAGCCAAUCAGAAUGAGUUUUUCCCCACAAGGGCUUUAUUACAGACAGAAAGACUCCUCAGUUUCAUCAGCUGUUUGGGAGGCUGGUCUCUAACGAUCCGGCUGGUGAAGAAGCCGGAUGUGGAGGUCCUGGGCUGGCGUGGUUACACAUGGUCUGCGGUUGUGAGGCCGGUUGAAUGUACUGCCAAAUUCUCUAAAACUGCGUUGGAGGCAGCUUAUGUUCAAGAAAUGUAUUUGGCAACAGCUCUGGUGGACAUUCCUGCAUUCAGCAUGCCAAUUGCACGCUCCAUCAAAACUUGAGACGUGGCAUUGUGUUGUGUGACAAAACUGCACGUUUUAGAGUGGCCUUUUAUUGUCCCCAGCACAAGGUGCACCUGUGUAAUGAUCAUGCUGUUUAAUCAGCUUCUUGAUAUGCCACACCUGUCAGGUGGAUGGAUUAUUUUUGCAAAGGAGAAAUGUUCACUAAGAGGGAUGUAAACAAAUUUGUGCACAACAUUUUAGAGAAAUACGCUUUUUGUUCCGGUAUCUUUUAUUUCAGCUCAUGAAACAUGGGACCAACACUUAACAUGUUGCGUUUUAUAUUUUUGUUCAGUAUAUGCGUGUAACAUCUCUCCUCUCUCCCUUGUAGUCACAUGUAUCUGGAGAGGUUCAUGACCUUCCAGAUGGCCCUACAGAGAGAAGACUGCUGGCUGCCUCUCAUCUCCUACAGGAACUCCCUCCAGGCUGGCGGAGAUGAUGACAACAUGUCUGUGGUCUCUGGCUACUCCUCCAGAGGGUCGUCGGUCAGAUCCAAGAAGACCAAGGCUGCUACUCCCACCGCUACCGUCGCUGCAGCCAAGAGGAAACUGCCUGAAGGUAGCUACAGGACCAGAGUCUGGAAGUCAGACUGUAGUCACUUCAUGGCGUUCAGGCCAUGUUAGAGAGGAUCAAAAGUAUCUAUCUGUCCCAGUCUGAGGUCAUCUCCUACUGUAAACACUGUUACCCCUGGUAGGUAGAUGAUGUAGGCUCUAUGGCUGAAAUCACCUAGCCUGGUUGGGAAGUGCUCACUGCAUCUCUUAGUCAUCCAACCCUUUCAGAAUUGUGUUACGGUGUGUGUGUGUGCAGCUGUGUGUAGCGGUGUGUGUGUGUUCUCUAGCUGAGGAGAGCAGUAGCGGCAGUACAGAUGUGUUGUGGCAGCACGUGUGUGUUUAACGGUGUGUUUGUGUGUGUGUGUUUAACAGUGUGUUUGUGUGUGUGUUAACGGUGUGUGUGUGUGUUUAACGGUGUGUGUUCUCUAGCUGAGGAGAGCAGUAGCGGCAGUACAGAUGUGUUGUGGCAGCACAUGUGUGUUUAACGGUGUGUGUGUGUGUGUGUGUGUGUGUUUAACGGUGUGUGUUCUCUAGCUGAGGAGAGCAGUAGCGGCAGUACAGAUGUGUCGUGGCAACACCAGACCAUGCAGACUCCAGUGAUGAUGCCCUCCCCCCACCUCACCUCCACCAUGAUGAGAGGACCGGGGGACAUGAGGGAGGAGGCCAAACGGGGGAGAGACGACAGCUACAUGGGAGUGUACGCCCUCCCCUCAGACUCCCAGCAGCAGCCUCACCCACACACACUCCCCCAGACCCCACAACUCCACCAGACACCCAUCGACUACAAGUAAGAUUCUCUCUCCUCCGGUCUGUCUCUCUCUUGACAUGUACCUACCUGAAGCACCAGUGUGGUUGUCUAACCUAUUGUCGUGGUGUGUUUGUAGUACCCAGGUGACGUGGAUGCUGGCUCAGAGGCAGCAGGAGGAAGUUCGUCAGCAGCAGGAGAGAGCCAUGAACUACGCCAAGCUCAGGACCAACCUGCAGCAGGCCAUGUAAGAACACACACACACACACACACACCCCAUCCCUCCCUAACCCCGAGCUCAGGACCAACCUGCAGCAGGCCAUGUAAGAACACACACACACACACACACACCCCUCCCUAACCCUGAGCUCAGGACCAACCUGCAGCAGGCCAUGUAAGAGCACACACACACACACACACCCCUCCCUAACCCUGAGCUCAGGACCAACCUGCAGCAGGCCAUGUAAGAGCACACACACACACACACCCCUCCCUAACCCUGAGCUCAGGACCAACCUGCAGCAGGCCAUGUAAGAGCACACACACACUCACCCCUCCCUAACCCUGAGCUCAGGACCAACCUGCAGCAGGCCAUGUAAGAGCACACACACACUCACCCCUCCCUAACCCUGAGCUCAGGACCAACCUGCAGCAGGCCAUGUAAGAGCACACACACACUCACCCCUCCCUAACCCUGAGCUCAGGACCAACCUGCAGCAGGCCAUGUAAGAGCACACACACACACACCCCUCCCUAACCCUGAGCUCAGGACCAACCUGCAGCAGGCCAUGUAAGAGCACACACACACACACACACACACCCCUCCCUAACCCUGAGCUCAGGACCAACCUGCAGCAGGCCAUGUAAGAGCACACACACACACACCCCUCCCUAACCCUGAGCUCAGGACCAACCUGCAGCAGGCCAUGUAAGAGCACACACACACACACACACACCCCUCCCUAACCCUGAGCUCAGGACCAACCUGCAGCAGGCCAUGUAAGAGCACACACACACACACACCCCUCCCUAACCCUGAGCUCAGGACCAACCUGCAGCAGGCCAUGUAAGAGCACACACACACACACACCCCUCCCUAACCCUGAGCUCAGGACCAACCUGCAGCAGGCCAUGUAAGAGCACACACACACAUACACCCCUCCCUAACCCUGAGCUCAGGACCAACCUGCAGCAGGCCAUGUAAGAGCACACACAUACACCCCUCCCUAACCCUGAGCUCAGGACCAACCUGCAGCAGGCCAUGUAAGAGCACACACAUACACCCCUCCCUAACCCUGAGCUCAGGACCAACCUGCAGCAGGCCAUGUAAGAGCACACACACACACACACCCCUCCCUAACCCUGAGCUCAGGACCAACCUGCAGCAGGCCAUGUAAGAGCACACACACACAUACACCCCUCCCUAACCCUGAGCUCAGGACCAACCUGCAGCAGGCCAUGUAAGAGCACACACAUACACCCCUCCCUAACCCUGAGCUCAGGACCAACCUGCAACAGGUCAUGUAAGAGCUACUUCCUUUACAUAUCUGUUUGUGGACUAACCAGUUGUUGAUGUACAGCUACUCUAUGUUGAUGGUCGUUUGAAUGUACUAAUUAUGGUGUGUGUGUAGUCGGCGUGGUACAGGACUGAUGGAGGAGGAUGAGGAGCCUAUCGUAGAGGACGUGAUGAUGUCAUCAGAGGGUCGCAUGGAAGACCUCAACGAGGGCAUGGACUUUGACACCAUGGACAUCGACCUGGUGAGACCUUUGACCUUUUACUGCAUAUGUGGCUUUUGGUUUAUAAAACCUUUUACAGUGAAUUAUGUGGUGAUCCACAAAGAUCUCUGUCAAGAAACACUAAAUAUACUGAACAAAAAUAUAAACCCAACAUGUAAAGGCUUUCUCCAUACCACGCUGUCUCGCCAAAACAAUGAUGUGAUUUAGAUUUAAAGUAUUUAAAACGAGCUGUGGCUCAAAGCAGCCUCAAACGUUUUCAAUCAGACAUUCACGCUUGCCAUACAGAGUUGAAAUAUAUAGCCAACAUUAUGAAUUGAAUAACAUUGCUUGUGAACUUCAGAGCUGUAACUAUUUGACGCUUUGGUUAAAGGCACGUACAGACGCAUACUAGUAGUAGUGAUCGCUCCUUCUUGAGUCUACACGUUAUGGGUGAUGCGAAACAAGGUCAUCUCACUGGCGGCUUCUCUGGCCAGCUCUCAUUGGCGUUGCACGUCUCACACUACAAGAGCAUUGCAGAUUUUGUGCCGAUAAAAUCAAAACGUUUGAAAAUAUUUGGACGUCUGGGACUGCUCAAAGACGAGAUCGGUAGCCCUCAGAUUGACCUGCUCACAUUAAACGAGCGUCGGUGUCGGCCGCGCACCCCGAGUAGGCAACGACAUGGGGAUUUUGUCUCUGAUCUCAAAAACUUGUCUGGAACAGCUCAACCGGGGCCAAAAUUGUGAAGUGUACACCCGGCUUUAGAGAUUUUGGAAGUCGUAACCAACUUCAGUGGGCAAAUGCUCACCUUCGAUGGCCACUGGCACGCUGGAGAAGUGUACUCUUCAUGGAUGAAUCCCAGUUUCAAAUGUACCGGGCAGAUGGCAGUCAGCAUGUAUGGCGUCGUGUGGGCGAGCGGUUUACUGAUGUCAACGUUGUGAACAGAGUGCCCCAUGGUGGAGGUGAGGUUAUGGUAUGGGCAGGCAUAAGCCACGGACAACGAACACAAUUGAAUUUUAUCGAUGGCAAUUUGAAUGCACAGAGAUGCAAUGCAUUCGGAAAGUAUUCAGACCCCUUCACUUUUUCCACAUUUUGUUACAGCCUUAUUCUAAAAUGGAUUAAAUUGUUUUCCCCCUCAUCAAUCUACUCAUCAAUACCCCAUAAUGACAAAGCAAAAACAGGUUUUUAGAAAUCUUUGCAAAUGUAUUAAAAAUAAAAAACGGAUGACAUUUAAGUAUUCAGACCCUUUACUCAGUACUUUGUUGAAGCACCUUUGGCAGCGAUUACAGCCUAGAUUCUUGGGUAUGACGCUACAAGCUUGGCACACCUGUAUUUGGGGAGUUUCUCCCAUUCUUCUCUGCAGAUCCUCUCAAGCUCUGUCAGGUUAGAUGGGGAGCUACGCUGCACAGCUAUUUUCAGGUCUCUCCAGAGAUGUUUGAUCGUGUUCAAGUCCGUGCUCUGGCUGGGCCACUCGAGGACAUUCAGAGACUUGUCCCGAAGCCACUCCUGUGUUGUCUUGGCUGUGUGCGCUUAGGGUUGUUGUCCUGUUGGAAGGUGAACCUUCGCCCCAGUCUGAGGUCCUGAGCACUCUGGAGCCGGUUUUCAUCAAGGAUCUCGCUACUUUGCUCUGUUCAUCUUUCCCUCGAUCCUGAUUAGUCUCCCAGUCCCCUGCCCCUGAAAAACAUCCCCACAGCAUGAUGCUGCCACCACCAUGCUUCACCGUAGGGAUGGUGCCAGGUUUCCUCCAGACACGACGCUUGGCAUUCAGGCCAAGUGUUCAAUAUUGGUUUCAUCAGACCAGAGAAUCUUGUUUGUCAUGGUCUGAGAGUCCUUUAGGUGCCUUUUUGGCAAACUCCAAGCGGGCUGUCAUGUGCCUUUUUACUAAGGAGUAGCUUCCGUCUGGCCACUCUACCAUAAAGGCCUGAUUGGUGGAGUGCUGCAGAGAUGGAUGACCUUCUGGAAGGUUCUCCCAUCUCCACAGAGGAACUAGAUCCUGAGGCCCAUUGUCGUGCCAUUCAUCCGCCGCCAUCACCUCAUGUUUCAGCAUGAUAAUGCAUGUCGCAUGGAUCUGUACACAAUUCCUUGAAGCUAGAAAUGUCCCAGUUCUUCCAUGAGCUGAAUACUCACCAGACAUGUCACCCAUUGAGCAUGUUUGGUAUGCUCUGGAUCGACGUGUACGACAGCGUGUUCCAGUUCCCGCCAAUAUCCAGCAACUUUGCACAGCCGUUGAAGAGGAGUGGAACAACAUUCCAAAGCUCACAAUCAACAGCCUGGUCAACUCUAUGUGACGGCGAUGUCACGCUGCAUGAGGCAAAUGGUGGUCACACCAGAUACUGACUGGUUUUCUGAUCCACGCCUCUACCUUUUUUUUGUAAAGGUGUUUGUCACCAACAAAUGCAUAUCUGUUUUCCCAGUCAUGUGAAAUACAUAGAUUAGGGCCUAAUGAAUGUAUUUAAAUUGACAGAUUUCCUUAUAUGAACUGUAACUCAGUAAAAUCUUUGAAAUUGUUGCAUGUUGCGUAACAUUUUUUGCUCAGUGUAUAAUUAGCACAAUCCGCUCAUAUAAGCAGAAUUUAAAUAAUUUCAUAUUUGUUUCUCUCUCCUUUCUCCAGCCCCCCUCUAAGAACAGGAGAGAGAGAUCCGAGCUGAAACCAGACUACUUUGACCCUGGUUCUAUCAUGGACGAGUCU